AUGAUUAGUGUAACCUGGACCAUCUUCCUAGUUUGGACUAAAAUAGGGCUGUUACUUGACAUGGCACCUUAUUCUGAUAGUGCCAAACCAUGCCCUUCAGUAUGUCGCUGUGAUGUGGGUUUCAUAUAUUGUAAUGAUCGCGAUUUGACGUCUAUUCCUACAGGAAUCCCAGAGGAUGCUACUACCCUCUUCCUUCAGAACAAUCAAAUAAAUAAUGCUGGGAUUCCUUCAGAACUGAAGAACUUGCUUAGGGUGGAAAGAAUAUAUUUAUACCACAACAGCCUAGAUGAAUUCCCCACUAACCUCCCCAAGUACGUUAAGGAACUGCAUUUGCAGGAGAAUAAUAUAAGGACCAUUACUUAUGAUUCACUUUCACAAAUUCCUUAUCUGGAAGAACUGCAUUUGGAUGAUAAUUCUGUUUCCGCUGUUAGCAUCGAGGAUGGAGCUUUCCGGGACAACAUUUAUCUCAGACUUCUUUUUCUCUCUCGAAACCACCUUAGCACCAUUCCCUGGGGUUUGCCUAAAACGAUAGAAGAGCUACGCUUGGAUGAUAAUCGCAUUUCCACGAUUUCAGAGCUGUCCCUUCAAGAUCUUACAAAUCUGAAACGCCUUGUUUUAGACGGAAAUCUUCUAAAUAAUCAUGGAUUAGGAGACAAAGUCUUCAAGAAUCUAGUCAAUCUUACAGAACUGUCAUUGGUCCGCAAUUCACUCACAGCCGCACCGGUAAAUUUGCCGGGAACAAACCUAAGAAGGCUUUAUCUUCAGGAAAACCACAUCAACCAUGUGCCACCCAAUGCUUUCUCUUAUCUAAGGCAGUUGUAUCGACUAGAUAUGUCCAAUAACAAUCUUAGCAAUUUACCUCAGGGUGUCUUUGAUGAUCUGGACAACAUAACUCAACUGUUUCUUCGCAACAACCCUUGGCACUGUGGGUGCAAAAUGAAAUGGGUACGCGACUGGUUACAGUCAUUGCCUUUAAGAGUUAACGUACGUGGACUGAUGUGUCAGGCACCAGAAAAAGUACGUGGAAUGGCUAUCAAAGACCUCAACGCGGACCUAUUUGAUUGUAAGGAUGAUGGCAUUAUAAGCACCAUCCAAAUCACUACAGCGGUACCAAACACGUUAUACCCGGCCCAGGGACACUGGCCGGUUUCUGUGACCAAACAACCAGACAUCAAGACUCCCAACCUAAAUAAAAACUACAGAACUACAGCAAGCCCGGUACGCAAAAUCAUUACAAUAUUUGUGAAAUCCGUAAGCACGGAGACUAUUCACAUCUCCUGGAAAGUUGCACUACCAAUGACUGCUUUAAGACUGAGCUGGCUCAAGAUGGGUCACAGCCCUGCCUUUGGAUCUAUAACUGAAACGAUAGUUACAGGCGACAGAAACGACUAUUUGCUCACGGCUCUCGAACCAGAAUCGCCAUACCGUGUAUGCAUGGUUCCCAUGGAAACCAGCAACAUCUAUCUCUCCGACGAAACACCCGAAUGCAUCGAGACAGAGACGGCACCUCUUAAGAUGUACAACCCUACCACGACCCUCAACCGGGAGCAGGAGAAAGAACCUUACAAAAACUCCAGCUUGCCCUUGGCCGCCAUCAUUGGCGGUGCGGUGGCGCUGGUGGCCAUAGCGCUGUUGGCCCUGGUCUGCUGGUACGUCCACAGAAACGGGUCCCUGUUCUCCCGGAACUGCACCUACAGCAAGGGACGCCGGAGAAAAGAUGACUACGCCGAAGCUGGAACUAAGAAGGAUAACUCCAUCCUAGAAAUCAGGGAGACUUCUUUCCAGAUGAUACCAAUAACCAAUGACCAAGUGUCCAAGGAGGAAUUUGUAAUACACACCAUUUUCCCACCUAACGGCAUGAAUCUGUACAAGAACAGCCACAGUGAAAGCAGUAGUAACAGGAGCUACAGAGACAGUGGUAUUCCAGAUUCAGAUCAUUCACACUCAUGA